AUGGCCAGGCCGCCAGAGCACACUGUCGUCGUGACGGUUCUGGAAGGACAGUAUCUCAUGAAGAAGCCAAACGCAAAAGUCUACAUACAAUGUCAGUUCAACAACGAAAUCCUAUCGACCGAGCCUGUCGACCACUCCACCAACCCAAUCUUCGACACCGAGCUUGCCUGGGACAUAGAUACAAAGGCGCUCAGCUAUCUGAGAUCGCAGCGCGCGGCACUGAAACUGGUAGUGUACUCUGUGACUUCGACAAACGCGCGGCAUUCCCUAGGAUAUCUUGUCCUUGAGCUGCGAGCUGCGCCGUCCAGCGGUAUGGAGCGAGAGGAGUGGCACCCACUGGUCAACGCAAAGUACUCAGGCCCAUUUAGGCCGGAGAUCAAGUUGAUCUUUGCUGUAAAGCCCAAGGGCGCUCCGAGAGUGGAUCAGGACGAAGCAGAGUUUCUGGAGGGGCGGUCGCCGCGGAUGAGCGGACCUCCGGGCUCUGGUAGCCCGAAGAGGAUGCGGGAGAAACCAAAAGCAGAGCAGAAGAAGAAGGCAACCCUUCCAGUCCCCGUCAUCACGACAAAAUCGUCAAUAAUACCCCCGACCCCGGCGUUCAGCAUAGGUGUGAACCUCGCGGAUGAUGGGUACUGGCAAGUCGGGCACGGCGACUCACUCUGGACGUUAUGCAUCACGAUAGCUUUUGCUGAAAACCUGGAUCUGCUGCCAGAUCACGCACUUUCACACAGUCGCUCGCUUGAAAAUGUCGCAUUGGGGGAAGGGUCAGGCGGAACGAAACAGCUGGACGGAACUGGAGAUGCCAGGAGAUACUACUUCACAUUCUACCUUUUGGGAGACGAAAUCAAAAGCGAAGCAUUCAACCAACUGAGGGAAGCAAAUAUUCAACCCGAGCUCAUCUCCAUGCGACUGAGAGGGUCUGAAGACGAUAUUCGUUCAUUCAUUCGGGAGCUCUCUGGAUUGACGAUCUAUCUGUGCUGUGGGGAUCAGAUUUUAGGUUUUGCAGACGUUCCACUGGGGCCAUUACAGGAAGGUGCAGACGACGGGCAUUCCAAGCUGGAGGGCAGUUUCCGCACAGUGGAAAGAAUGUACAAUAUGUACAGCCUGAGGCAGGAGCUACCACUGUCUUCACGGGGGAAAAGACCUAGCUUGGGACUUUCAAUGUCGAUCGAACACGGACACCGCCCUCAGCCUGCAGAGACGGAUGAGAUAAACGCAAUGACAAAUCUUGCGGGCUUGAAGGAAGAUACCCUUCUUGUUGGGGAAGACCCACCUGUUCGGGCCACGACACCUCACGACGACAGAUCGGCACCACCAGACAUGUCUAUCAUGUCGCCCAUAAUACGACCAGUUGCACACAGCCCACCGAUACGGAGUACGGCUGGUCGUCCGCGGGAACCAGCUGCACGGCCGCAAUCCUCUCCGGCGAGGACGCUAGGAAUCAGUGGUACAAACGCUGCAAGCCCUCGCAGUGGGCUGGACCCUUUAACUCCGUGGCAGCAAUACCGCUUCUCAAUCGAUCUUCGCUCAGUCCGCGACUUUCAACUGAAAAGCUCCAGCAUAUAUUUGAAAUAUACCUAUCCUCCAUUCGGCAGCACAUCGCCGGUACUUACCCGUCCGCCCGUCACCAUUGCCAAAUCACAUCACGAGAUUUUAUUACCACACGCGUUCUGCGCUUUCGAAUUCGUUAUGGCCCCGGACCGCCUGCAAACCUACUUGGAAGCGAUUCCACUAGUGGUUGAGAUGUGGGAGAGGGAUAAGUUCGCCAGGGACUUGAUAAUAGGCAGUGCCCACGUUGAUCUUGCGGAAGUGUGGAAGCAACGCGAAGCGGAGGAAGAGGUUGGCAUUGGGAUCGGGAUCGGUGCGAAAGCCAAAUUGAGGAGUCUGGACAAAUGGGCGAUUGUAUCGCCUGAGCCGGGCGGCUUGAUCAAAAAGGUUGCGGACCUUCGCUUGAUCCUUGCUUUGGAAGACUUCGGUCCGGUCGAUGAGGCACAUGUCACGUCAGAGACUCGGGUUCAACAACACCAGCCGGCGGUUCCCGAAUCGCGUUCGCCCCAAGUUUCACCAACGCCCUCCGAUACAAGCCGUCGCAAACCACGAACCUAUUCCCACUCCAGCAUCUCCGCAAGCGUCGCACCGAGCCUCAGCCACAACAGCCCGGCCCUCACCUCCCUCCACUCCACCUCGGAAUACAAAGUAGCUCUCGAACACGAACUCUGGCGCGCCGAAGAAGAGCGCAAAUUCCGCAUCCACCUCCGAACCCGCGAAAAGGAGCUUCUGGACCAACUCGCUCGCGAAUGGACCGCACGUGAACGCGAGCGCGAGAGCGAUGUGAAGCGGAAAGUGGAGGAGUUUCGAACGUUUGAGCAGAAACUGCAGGAUCUGGCUGAGCAGCUUGAGACUAGGGAUCGCAAAUUGAAGGAGGCUGAGCUGGCAUGGGAGCAGAGGAGGGAUGAGAUUGAGCGUGAGUCGCGAAGGGUGGUUGAUGAAGCGAGGGACGGGGCAAGGAGAAUAGCAGAUGAGUACAAACAUCGCUUACAAGUGGAAAAGGGACGUGGGGCGGACUAUCAGCGUCAACGGGACGAAGCGAUAGCUGGCGAACAGGUGGCGAAAAGGCGGCUGGCGGAAGCCCAGGAGACGCUGGCCGAUCUCAAACGUACCCUCAUGGCGGAACCCACCCCCGGCUCUCUCCAACACCGCGUGCAAAUGCUCGAAAAGAGUUUAUCGCAAUCCGAGGCGAAACUGACGGAAGAGAAACGGGGCAGGCGAUACUACAAGGGGCAGUGGGUUCGCGCACUCAAAGAGCUUGCUGCGUGCCGGAAGCGGUGGACGGAAGAUGUCGAGCGACGCCUGGAUCAAAAGGAAAACCCUCUCUCCGGUGGCCGCGGCGGAGACCAGCAGCCUGCCCACGUCCGUGCGCAACCAUCAGAGCUGGAGCACGAUAUCCUGAGCGACAUCAAGCGCGGUUUGGAGGAACUGAAACUGCGGACGAGCAAAGGCUCCAAAGACGUGAUAGGGCAAAGCUCGUCGCGGCCAGAUGAUAGAGGACCUACGUACGAUCGACGCGAGCAUCUGGAUGCAGCAGAAGCCGCCGCCGCACCACCACGGCCGAAGCUUGACGCCGGUGUCCUCGCGGAGGUGGAACGACUGGCUGGCGAGCGCGAUUCCUUACUCAGCACUGGCGUAUAUACGAGGGAAGAUCGCCUGAUAAGGGAGCUAGACGCUAGGGUAAGGGAGUUGCUCGGUUCCGGGCGAGGUUCCGAUGAUCCUUUUACCGCAUGA